GACCCGGCGGCACGGAUCGCCGGCCCAACCCGCCGGCCUUAUUUUGUACAAUCAUGCCGCCGGCUUGCGCCCGCGCGGGCAAGCCGGCGGGGCAGCAUGCCGAUGCCGACGGCAUCCCUCUCCACUCACUCAGUCAGUUGCCCGCCGGCUUUCAUAGAGUAGUGACGUAUCACUUAUUCAUUCUCUGUUGUUGUGAAGUGUCGGCACUUUUAUUUUUAUCAACUAACCAAUAUGGAGUGGGACGAUGCAACAGUUAUAAAACUAAUAGACCUCUAUCAUUUAAAAGAAAUAUUAUGGAACCCAAAAAACCGUGACUACAAAAGCCGGCCAAAGCGUUACGACGCAUUUAAUGAAAUUGCCAGUGAAUUUGCUACUGAUGUUCCGGAAAUCGAGAGAAAGAUAAAAAAUUUAACUAGUCAUUAUUACCGAGAGAAAAAAAAAGAAGAUAAUUCAAAUAAGUCUGGUGCGGGUACUGAUGGUAUUUAUCAUAGUAAAUGGUUUGCCUACAAAUCACUAAAUUUUCUGCGGAACAAAAAUGUGCCUACUGGAACCACCGAUACUGACACACCGUCGACGAGCCACGAUUCACAAUCGAGACGAGAAUCACAAUCAAAUCAAAAUGAUUUACCACAGAUGUCACCAGGAGAUUCACAAUCAAAUCAUAAUGAUUUACCACAGAUGUCGCCAGAAAAUACAACUUGGCAACGAAAUAAACGUCCUAAAAUCAACCCUAAUAAAGAGUUGAUAUCCGAAGCAUUGAAUAUUAUGAAGAAUGUCUCCCAACGACCAAAUGUGACAAAAGAUGAGGAUGGUUUAUUUGGAGAUUAUAUUGCGGGUCAGUUAAGACAAAUGGAUCGACAAAUGAAAGCUAUUGUGAGACAUCGGAUCAACAAUAUAAUAUUUGAAGCCGAAACUGGAUAUAGAUCCGAUACAUUUACGGAUUUUGCAAGACCAAGUAGUGUUUCUAGUUCACACAGUCAUCCAGGAUACUAUACAGCAUCUUCACUACAACAGGCGGUUGUAAGCCCUUCUACAAAUAACUUAACUUCUUCUGAAUACUCUGCCCAAACAAACUCAGAUCCACAAACAAUUCAACCUUCGUCACUAGAAACAUUUGCUGAAGAAUACCUAGCUCUAAAUCCUUCUGAUAGUGUUAUAAAGUAAUCUUCAAAAUAUGUUAUAAAUAUUUAAUUUUCUUUUUGGUAUAAUAAAGGUAGCUAUAGGUAGCCCCAUUAAAGUUAAAUUUAAAAUUAGUGUUGACUAUUCCCUUCACACGAGUAGAGCUUGACAUAUGUGCGUAAGGAAUAGCAAGGUUUUAAUUUUAGUUUAGUGACACUUCUACCAAUAGUUAAUAUCAUGUUAUUGGUUUACAAAAACACAUUUCUUAUUUUGUUUAAAAUUUUAUUAUACGAAUCACAAUAAAAGUGUAUCUCACUGUGUAAUUUACGAUUUUAGAUUUAAUGGAUAAUACAUGGAACUACUUUAAUGAUUAAAAAUAAUAUUGAUUAUAUGAGUUGAGUUAUUGGUUAUAUUGCCAUUCUAAUCCUCCGACACUAGAAAGAAAAUAAUGAGUCAACUCCACUCUUGUAUCCUCAGCG